AUGUUUUCUAUCCCAAAGUCAAUUCCCGUUUUCCGGCCCCAGUCGCCGAUACCGUCAUCUUCAGAAACAUUAGAUCGACCGAUACCCAUCCCCUUCAUCGCGUUAUCCCCGCCACAACUGACGCAACUCCCGGUACCAAAAGUCGAAGCGCCCAUUCCAUCCGCUCCUGUCGCCAUACCGGUGCCCGUUAUGACGGUUGCCGCACCAGCUACAAUUCCAAUUCCGCAUCUAACCACUUCGCCCCGCAAAAAUAUUCCGCUAUCGUCUACUACGGAUCUUAGCUCCGUAUCGGAGCCAAAGUCAACUGCAACAGCUGUACUAGAUCCAGUUCACAAUGCCGUGCCUCCUGCAUUUUCGACGAACUUACCUACGGUAACUCAUCUUCCGCAGUUGAGAGUGGUGCCACUUGAGGUUCCGUCUUCCCUGGCAGUAGAUGUGCAUGCGCAUGAACGGGCUGGAGCCGUCGCGGCGGAUACAGAUGCAGUCGGGAAGGACGUACCACUGGAGGCUGAAACCAAGGGAAUCUCUUCCGUCGCGGAGCGCAGCGAAGCUGAUUACAGCAAGUGGGUGUACCCUGCUCCACGACUUCCGCGACCGCUCAGCGUGGAUGCCGGUUACCUUGGAGUUUUGGCGGCCCCGCAAGCGUGGGCGGCGCCUCGCUUCGAGGAGCUUGAUCCGGCAGCAGUGGACGUCGUGCCGGCCCCGAUGUGCCCUGACUACGUUAUGUUUGGCGGCGCCCAGUAUCACAGCUUCUUCCCAUUCUCUAUGCGUAGUCGUAGCGGAAAGGACCAAUCGAAUCUAAAGUUGGAAUCCAGCCCCGAGAAUCUCAGCUCCCUUGUGGAGUUGAAACGUAUUCAGUUCAUGCUAGACCAGUUGAAGGUGGCGCAGCGCUACUUACAGUUAAGGAGAGCCGAAGCUGAGGCACUUAUAGGGUAUGAACAAGCCCCUGUUUCAGCCCCGCAAGGAGAUGAUCAAGAUGGUUUACCUCGAGAACGAGAGGUCGAUUUGGCUCCCACAGAUGUUGAGAAGGGGACGCUUUGGACGCUGGCUUGGGCUGGUACCGCCGCACAGCUCCAGGGCGCACUCGGGAAGCUGUGCUGCGGGAGCAACGCCCUUGACGCCCUUGGCUACGUGACUCUUGGCCGACAUCAAUGGGGGCUGAAACGAAUCAAGGGUGAGUAUGUCUUGGGUUUGGGAAUGAAAGCGACGGCCCUGCAGUUUGCAGCCGUUUCCGGGAGACUAGAUAACGUCAUCGUGCUUAUCUCUAAUGGUGCAGCUGAUCGCUUCUCCCCGCGAUUAUGCGAUAUUCUACCUAAACCAGUUUACAAACUACUCAAAAGUGCAUUAAAAAAGUCCUCUGUAAGGAAAAAACCUGUCAUUCCGCUUCAGGCCUCUAGCGUUCCCUUGGAGGGCAAUCCUUCAAAUUUUCCCAAGCCUGUUUGUUUUUCUAUUACUGCAGGAUGA